AUGAUAACACCACUAACGACUGUCUUUUUGACAGAUGUGAAAGUAGUACUUCCCAAAUGAAAGCGAAUACAAAAUAAGAUGAGAAUAGAUAGCAUGGAUGGUAGCAUUAUAGACCAGGCUGAUUCCGGAAGAUUCUUCUACUCUCGCUCAGAGUAUGAAGAUACUAAAGAGGAUUCUUUAGAGUCCUGGAUGAAUGAUUUUCCGUAUAAGAUACCUAUCUUAGAAUCAGUUAAUAUAAAGUCAGGAACUAAGACUUAUAAAUUUAAUGAAAAAUAUGUGGGUGAUCUCGUCGAUGAGGUCAGACACGGAUUCGGAAAAUACUUCUAUGGCAAUGGUAAUGUCUACGAAGGCCAAUGGGAAGAAGGCCAGAAGCACGGGGUGGGCAAGUUGGAAUAUCAUAAAGGAGGAUUUUAUGUUGGUGAAUGGAGAGCAGGCCUUAAGUCAGGGCAAGGCAAAGAAGUAGUUAACGGAGAAUAUAUUUAUACAGGAACAUUCAAGAGAGACAGAUUUCAUGGAUACGGAGUUUUGAAGCAUGAGAUUCAAGGGAUUAAUGAAGGAAUGUUCAAAAAUGGCAAAUUUUUGAAAGAGUCUGAAAAGGCGAUAAAAAUUGAAGAUUAA